UAAAUGCCCUUUUGUCUACACGCUUUUGCCUCUCUCUCUCUCUCUCUCUCUCUCUCUCUCUCUCUCUCUACCCCCCACCUUUUGUUAAAACCGUGCUUUUUUUCAGAUCUCUCUGUCUCCUUCUGCACCAAAAUAGGGUUUCUUUCCCUUCAUCCUCAUUGAAUUCUCACAGUCAUAUCCUCUCUGCCAUAAUUGAUUCAAGGAAUAUAUUAAAUUCCAACCCCGCAUGUUCCAAUGGUCCUGUGACAUAUUCUCGUUCAUCCUCGGAAGGAUCAAACAGCAGAUCCUGAAAGAGCUCACUCAGAGAUAAAGAGAGAGAGAGAGAGAGAGAGCAAAAAAGAAAGAUAUGUUUCCUACAAACAGCCGUUUGUAAUUCAGGUUUGUUCAUGACCCAUGGUAUGACUUCUAUGGGUAUCUCUACGCAAAGCGAAGACUCCAAAAGUUUGGUCUUUUGUUGCAGUGUCCGGUGAGACUGUUGUCUAUGGCUUCAUCAUCUAGUUACUCUAGCUCUCCGUGCGCUGCUUGCAAGUUCUUGAGGAGAAAGUGCCUGCCGGAUUGCAUCUUUGCGCCCUACUUCCCUCCCGAGGAGCCCCAGAAGUUCGCCAAUGUCCACAAGAUAUUCGGGGCGAGCAACGUGAGCAAGCUCCUCAAUGAGGUCCUCCCCCACCAGAGAGAGGACACUGUCAAUUCCCUCGCCUACGAGGCUGAGGCGAGGCUCAAAGACCCGGUUUAUGGGUGCGUGGGGGCGAUAUCAGUGCUCCAAAGGCAGGUCAUCAGGCUCCAAAAGGAGUUGGACGCGACGAACGCUGAUCUCAUCCAGUACACCUGUCGCGAGAUACCAAGCACGGUGUCUAGGCCGGUGCACCAUCGGAGGAGGAAUAAUAAUAACAAUAUGGUUCAAGGUUAUGGAGAUGGUGGUUUCGAUCAGAACUGUGGAGGGUAUUAUCAUCAUCAUGCUUGGAGUAAUGGCCAUGUUGGAGAUGGCCAAGAAGGAGGUGAUGGAGGUUUGAUUGGCUAGGCAGCUUUCGGCAGGAUGGAUAGAUGUCCUCUCCUACAGUCCUACAUAACUGUUGCGUAUCUUUUUGGAAAAAAAUUGACAAAGUUGAUUGAUUGGUGGACUAUUAAGAAUUGGGGAUGAUCUUACCUUAAACCCAUUUUUAAGACUGAUUGCGCCAAUCAAAGCUAGUCUGGAGACGGUUGAAAAUAAUUGCGAGGCUCAUAUUAGAUUAAUUACUCGACAUAGGUUUGUUCUUGUACUGUGAUUGAUUCGAUCUAACUAUGAGCACUAUGGGGCAAUCUUUCGAUAUUUAUUAAUCCUUUGUGAGCAUGUACCCAAAAAAUAGUAAUUCUUGUAAAUCAUCCGAAUGGAA